UGCGGAGAAAAUUGUGAAGAUGAGACCCCGAAAAAAGAAUAUUGUGUGGUGAAGAAGACGAGCGGAAAAUUGUGCUAUGUGGGGAUGUGAAUUUGCUGGGAAAGGCUUUAUCUAAUGCGUCUAAUCUCGCCUUAUUGCCACGAUCUGAGUUCGUGGUCCAGCUGCUUUGUCUCGCUGCAUGCUCCUGAUACCGUCUUAUAGCCAUGAGCCGAGUACGCGGUCCAGCUGCUUUGUCUCGUUCCCCGCCCUCGGCUGCACCCUCCGGCCUCGAGAUGCCCUCGAUCUCGGUCUGUCAGUCUGAGGUCUCUCAAGAUAUGGAGGCCCGUGAGCACCUGCUCGCCGUCGACUCCGACGACGGCGCAGAAUCAGAGACCAAGUUCAGGAUCCGGGGCCUGACCCGGAUCUCCGACGCCGGCGCCCCGAUCCUGAGCAAGGUCGACCUCGAUAUCCCCCGGGGGAAGAUCGUGGGAAUAAUCGGGCCCAGCGGCAGCGGCAAGUCGACGCUCCUGAGGGCCCUCAACCGCCUCUGGGAGCCGCCGGCGGGGACGGUCUUCCUCGACGGAGAGGACAUCUGCCGCCUCGACGUGCUCGGGCUCCGCCGGAAAGUCGGGAUGCUGUUUCAGCUCCCGGUGAUGUUUGAAGGUACUGUUGCCGAUAAUAUUCGAUAUGGGCCACAGUUGAGUGGAAAGAAGCUCAACGACAGUGAAGUACUCAAGCUUCUAAGUCUAGCCGAUCUCGAUCCCACUUUUCUCAACAAGAAUGGCGGAGAGCUCUCCGUUGGUCAGGCGCAAAGGGUAGCACUUGCUCGGACUCUAGCGAAUGAACCCGAUGUUCUUUUGCUGGAUGAGCCGACGAGCGCCUUGGAUCCAAUAUCGACCCAGAACAUAGAGGAUGUCCUAGUCAAGUUGAAGAACAACCGCCAGAUGACGAUCGUAAUGGUUUCCCACAGUAUAAAGCAGAUCCAGAGGGUCGCGGAUGUUGUAUGCUUGCUUGUGAAUGGGGAAAUCGUCGAGGUUGUGUCUCCCGACAAGCUCUCCGAGGCAAACCAUCCAAUGGCUCUUAGGUUUCUUCAAUUAAGCUCCUGAGGACAAUAUGUUGUAUGAUCAAACGCUGUUAUAUCUCUCUGCACAUCUGCCAGCUUGCCGUUGUACAUGAACAGUCUUGACUGGUCCAUGGCGCGCAGGUAACAGGGAGUUCUAUCAUCUUUUGCCUAGACUGUUCGAGCGCUUAUGUAAAGUGCUAGAAUCAAAUCGUGUACUCGACCAACACAUCAGCCCUUGACACUCCCUGCGUACGCUAAGUGAGUUACGCUCUUACUAUUACUAGAGCUCAUAUUAAUGUAACUGAUCCGUGAAAAUUACUCAUAUUGUAAUAGCGGUAUCAAAAUUUCAGCUCUGGGGAUUUGCUCGAA